AUGAACAUCGAGGACAUCGUGCCAGAGUUAUUCGGCGAGAAACGAGUAUACUACUGUCAGCGCUGUCUGAACCAUGGACUUCGAGAAAAACGCAAAAAUCACAAGCAACACUGCGUCUACAGCAUGUGUCAGUGCUCCGACUGCAUAAUGGUGGAGCGAAGGCGAGAGCUGAACAGCAAGCUUGUACAAAUUGAAACCGAACCGGGUAGUCAGAUUCUUGGAGAGUCUCAAUGCUCCGCAGAAGAUGUGACAGUAAGGGCUAAAGGUAAGAGACCUAUGUUAUCAGACGAGCGCCGUCCGAACUGCCAACGAUGUGCCCAGCACAACGUCGUCAACCGCUUGAAGGGGCACAAAAGGGCAUGUCCGUUCAAGGAAUGUUUCUGUCCGAAAUGUCAGGUGGUGGUUGAACGUCAAAAAUUGAUGGCCGAUCAAAUAAAGCUGCGACGACGUCAAAAGCGCGAAAAGAACAUUUCUGCAGAAGGUGGAACACGCUCAUCGGCAAGCACGGUGUGCUUAAAAUGUACCCAACAAGCAAUCGGCUAUCAGCAACUCAUGUCCAUCCUCGAUCCGUCGAGCACAUCCGAGACGUUUUUCAACCUUUCCGCCAUUCUGCAAGCAUGUCCGCAUAAGACUUCGUCUCAAAAUUUAUGUAAUGAACAUCAUUGA